CAGAAUCAGCAGCGCAUCAUUACCAUCAUCACUCAGAAGAACUGAGAUUGGAGCGAAUGAAAUGGAAGAAAGGAAGGAUGGUGAAGAGUCGAGGAGAAAAAUUAUGAAAUAGCGGUAUUCUACCGAUGUGAACGUUUGGAUGUACGAUUGGUGACCAAGUGAAUCGAUGGUGGUGAGGGUGUGGGACAUGUCUGAAUAGUGUGCUGAGAGGACAGGAGGAGGAGGAGGAGGAGGGGAAACGGAGGGAUGGGGAACACAGCCACUAAGUUCCGGAAGGCUCUAGUCAGCGGCGACGAGGCGUUGGCAUGGCAACUGUACGAGGGCAACAGCCAGUUCAGGGAGGGGCUGGACCCCAACGCGUCCUACGGAGAGACCUACCAACACAACACGCCCCUCCACUACACCUGUCGGCACGCCAUGACACGCCUGCUCAGGUCAUUUCUGUUCAAUAAGGAGGGGAACCCCAACAAGCGCAAUGUUCAGAAUGAGACGUGUUUGCAUGUGUUGUGUCAGGGAGCACAUAUCCUUCUGCUGCCAGAGGGGGCGCUGUCUCACAGACUGGCCAGACCCCAGAGAGACGAACAACGCAGAGCGGACUGUCUACAGAUGAUCCUGAGCUGGACAGGGGCCAGGCUGGACAGAGGACAGUAUGAGAGAGCAAACGUCAAUGCUGCAGACAACAGGAACAGCACCUGUCUUCAUUAUGCUGCCGCUGCUGGACUGAAGAGCUGUGUGGAGCUGCUGGUUCAGAGUGGGUCGGACCUGUUCGUGGAGGACGAGGAGAAGCUGACCCCAUGUGACCACGCGGAGCGGCAACAGCACACACACCUGGCCCUGCGCCUCGAGGCCAUGAUGGUGUUUUCACAGCACGCACAAACUGACACACACACGCCCAGCAGUACAUUGCGUCGUAAAGAGGCCUAUGAGGGCCUGAAGCUGCAGGACCUGAGGAGACUGAAGGACAUGUUGAUUGUGGAGACGGCAGACAUGCUACAGGCUCCUCUCUUCACCGCCGAGGCUCUGCUCCGAGCACAUGGUCGGUGGGAUUUGUACUGGGACAGGGAGAAGCUGUUGGAGGCGUGGAUGAGUGACUCUGAGGGGUGUUGCCAGCGCUCUGGGGUAUUAAUGCCCACCCCCCCUCCCAGUGGGUACAAUGCCUGGGACACCCUGCCCUCCCCCCGUACCCCCCGCUCACCUCUCACCUUCACCCUCACCUCCCCCACCGACAGCUGCCUCACCCCAGGGGAGGAAGGACUCGCUACGUGUGGAAUCUGCCUCUGUUCCAUCUCAGUGUUCGAGGACCCAAUUGACGUGUCCUGUGGCCAUGAGUUCUGCCGGGCCUGCUGGGAAGGGUUUCUGAAUGUGAAGAUCCAGGAGGGAGAGGCUCAUAACAUCUUCUGCCCUGCCUAUGACUGUUACCAGCUGGUGCCUGUUCAGGUUAUAGAGAGUGUUGUCUCCCGAGAGAUGGACAAACGAUACCUGCAGUUCGACAUCAAGGCGUUCGUAGAAAACAAUCCGUCCAUCCGGUGGUGUCCAGCAGUGCAGUGUGAGAGAGCGGUCCGACUGACCCGACCUGGUCCAGGGGUCAACGACCUGGGAUUCCCUGUGCUGCCCUCCCCUGCGGUCGACUGUGGCAAGGGCCACCUGUUCUGCUGGGAGUGUCUAGGGGAGGCUCAUGAGCCUUGUGACUGUCAGACAUGGAGGAUGUGGCUGCAGAAAGUCUCAGAGAUGAAGCCAGAAGAGUUGGCAGGUGUAUCGGAGGCGUAUGAGGAUGCAGCUAACUGUCUGUGGUUGCUGACCAACUCUAAACCCUGUGCCAACUGCAAGUCCCCCAUACAGAAGAAUGAGGGAUGCAACCACAUGCAGUGUGCCAAGUGUAAAUAUGAUUUCUGCUGGAUCUGUCUUGAAGAGUGGAAGAAGCACAGCUCUUCAACUGGAGGUUACUACCGAUGUACACGCUACGAAGUCAUAACUCAGCUGGAGGAGCAGUCCAAGGAGAUGACUGGAGAGGCGGAAAAGAAGCACAGGAGUUUCCAGGAGCUGGACCGUUUCAUGCACUACUACACCCGCUACAAGAACCAUGAACACAGCUACAAGUUAGAACAGAGACUGUUGAAAACCGCCAAAGAGAAGAUGGAACAGCUGAGUAGAGCCUUUAUUGGAUGUGAAGGCUCCCCUCCAGACACCCGGUUCAUAGAAGAUGGUGUGUGUGAGUUGUUGAAGACGCGUCGUGUGCUGAAGUGUUCAUACCCUUAUGGCUUCUUCCUCCAGCCUCACAGUACACAGAAGGAGAUAUUUGAGCUCAUGCAGACUGAUCUUGAGAUGGCGGUGGAGGACUUGGCACAGAAGGUGAACCGUCCUUACCUGCGUACGCCGUGUCACAAGAUCAUCAGUGCCGCCUGUCUGGUACAACAGAAGAGGGAGGAGUUUCUGGCCUCCGUGGCUAGAGGAGUGGCCCCUAAUGACUCACCUGAAGUACCUAGAAGGAGUUUCCCCGCUGGCUCAUGGGACUGGGAGUACCUAGGAUUCACCUCUCCUGAGGAGUAUGCCGAUUUCCAGAACCGGCGGAGACACAGGCCGCGCCGUAGAGGAGACAUGCUGAGUUUACAUAAUUUGAGAAGCAACAGCAGUACUCCUGAAACCAACCAGAAUGCUGAGAAUACAGAGGUCCUUCAGGAGAGAGUUGAGGGGAGGAGACAGCCUCUGAGGUCACUGGAUGAGGACGACCCCAACAUUCUUCUGGCCAUCCAGCUGUCACUGCAGGACUCACGGAGGGAGAGAGAGAUGGAGGGAGGGAUGGGGGGAGGGAUGGGGAGGAGCUCCGGUGCAUUUGAGGGACCGGGGCUUGGGUCUGGACAGGGUUUGGAUAUAGGUCCAGUAACGGGCCAAAGAGCGGGGGGCCUCAGUAGCACUCAGGGCCCCCAAAGUGUUGGUGCUUCUCUGGGGGCCAGUGGCUCCGCCCCCCACCCGAGACCAGACCCUAACCUGUCACUCAACGCUGAGCUGUUAGAGCUCGGAGAAAGUCUGAUGAGACUGGGACAAAUCACCACCCCAUAUACCCUAGACAACGCUAAUAUCACUACGCCGUAUAACUUAGACCACUACAACCCUGUCCACAGCUGCACUCUGGGUCAGGAUCACAACUAUGCUAUUCUGGAACUGGACCACACCGCACCUUAUACAUACAGCUACGGUCGCACCGGGGACAGUAACCAGGACCACGGCAUUAUCAACAUUCCCUUCACUCCAGAGCAUGACCACAGCUGUGGUCCAAACCCAAACCGUGACCACCCGGAUGUCGACACCGCCUACAGCUCUGUUCACUGCCAACCCAGACCCUACACUGACACUCCUCCUCACCCAGACCUUACAGGCUCUUCUAGCUCCAGACAAACAGGCCUUUAUGCCUCCGACCCACAGCCCAUGGUCAGCCUUCCCCAUCACCCUGACCCGGAUCAGGCCGUCUCUCGUACCCAGAUUACACAUCCCGACCCAAACCAGCACCAAUCCUGCUCCUCCAUCGUUGUCCCGGACCUUCACAGCCUGAACCCGCUCAACCUAGAGUCUCUCACCGCUGACCUUGACCCUGCAACCAACCCAGACCGGAAUUCCUCUGCCACACCCCAGACCCAUUCCCACUCCUCCUCAGACACCCUAGCCCCCAAGAACCCAACCACAGGUGCCCGCUCCUUCUUGCUGUCGUCCCCAGACCCAGACCUCCUGUCUCCAGUGGUCCCUCCAGGAGAUCCCUUCUCACCCAAUGACCCGGGCUGCCUGGAGCCCCUCGACGCCACAGCCGGAGCCCUGCUCCUUGACAAUAUUAUGGCCUGGAUCCAACACACACACCCCCAGGACAGUCCACAGAACAUCGCCCUCAUCCCCUCCGUUAGUUCCGAGACUGAAUCGCCCCCAGAGAAAGACUCUGCGACUAUUUUACCCCAAAAUGGCACGGACCGAAAGAGGGAUUGCCCUCCCAACUCUGAGGCCAGUUGCAGCGAAGCAGCGCUAGCUGAGCUACAGCGGGCCCAAGGGGGUGAGGCGCGGGGGGCACAUGACAGCCCUGGGGAUAGCCCGGAGGUUAAAAGACCCAGCACUCUGGAUCUAGAGUGUCGCGGGGGUGAAGAGCGUGUGGAGUAUGUAGACACAGGGUGUGGGUCGGACCUGUCCCAGGAUGCAGUUGAGACGCGCUCGCACGCAAACUGUGGCGAUGGCAACCUCACCCCCGCUGAAGUGGACCCAAGCUCUGCCCCCUGGCUAGUGGAUGAUCAGUCAUCUGAAGAGUGGGAUGAGCAAAUUCACCUGGUGUGACAGCACAUGGGACAGAUGACAGCGAGAGAAAGGGAUGUGGAAACUGAGAUAAUGACCAACAACAGAUUGAGGAUGAGAAUAUAGGGAGAGAGAAAAGAAUGGAAGAGAAAAUGUUGGUAGGGGAAUGAUUGACAGCAUUAUCAUAGAGCGCUUAGGAAAGACGUAGGGAGGGAGAGCACUUAGAGAAAACGUACUACAUUAAACAUGGGGUGUCCACUAAAUGUAGCUUGCUGGGCAGAGGAAGUGUAUGUGUGCCCCAGGUCCAUUCAGGUCAUGCAGUUGCCUGAUUUAAUGACAGAUGUUGUGUGUUCAAAUACAAUAAUGUAUGAGUGAUUUUAUCUUCCAUAACCAUUUCACUACUGAUGGACAGGCUGCUUGUAUGCGGCUGUCUGAGAGUAACACCAGGGCAGGUUUGUGUUUGUUUUUAUUUAACUGUUAUCCAGUUUAGAACCCUUGAGAGAUGGAUAAGAGGGUUUGUGACAUGGUCAAUUUUUAGAAACAUUGUCCACAACUGAGGUGAUUUGUGUGCCUUCAUUUUCGAUAGUUCUUUUUAUUGACAAUCGUCUUUUUGUUGAUGCAGAUAAUAUUAUUACUACUUUUGUGUUUUUUGUUCUUUUUCUUUUGUUUGUGUGGGGGGUUUACAUGGUUUCUUUUUUAGAUGGGUUCAUGGACGCAGCUGUGGUCUGAAGCCAUAUGUCUGAGUAGGAGAGCAGAUCGAGCUUCUAGUCCUCCCUGUCUAUGUAAUCUGAUUAAUUAUGAUCUGAAAGUAGGACUAAACUGAUCUUAGAAAAGUUCUACUCCAAGACACGUCAUCCUUAUAGCACCAAGCCUUUGAUUAGGUACGGGACAGGAGGCCUUGUGUUGGUGUGAUGGAUACAGUAUGCACUGGUAGACAGACAAUGUACGAGAGAUGAAUCUGCUGUAUACAAGGAAAGAGAUUUUAAUAAAAUGUCUGAAAUCGUAUUUCUGUAAUUCUAAUGAACUAUGUUGCUCUACUUCAGGGCUGUUCAACUCCGGUACUGGAGGGCCAAAACACUUCUAGUUUACAUCCUCUCUUUAAUAGCAGGAUGUGUUGUUUUGCCCUGAGGUUAUAGAAAACAUGAACGUGUAGUUUGGAUUCAAAGUCUUAAUUUUUUUGUACAAAAUCACUGUUUUAAGUUGAGAUAAUUGUUAAGCCCGACUUUGUUCACAAUAAAAAAAAAUGUUGUUUUGUA